AUGUCGCUUCCACCUCUUGUUUGCAACACACCACCGCCACCUGAUCAGUGUGAGGAUGAUAAAGACCCCGAAGAUUUUGAUUUAAAUUACAAUUUAUCUCAAGAUGAUGAAGACAGUAAUGGGUAUGAUUUUCAAACCUAUCCGAAUUAUGAUGUUUAUGAACCUUCAAAAUCAGAAACUUUACAUGAAAGCCACUGGCCUCCUACUCUUACAAAUCCUUUUGAAAAUAUCUUAACAGACAAUUUAAAUGAAGUAAUUAAAGAGACUGAACAUGUUACACCAAUUUUAAAUGUUUUAAGUGAAAAAUUGACUUUGGAUGAUGUGACAGUUGAAGAUUUAAAUUUAGAGAUAAGUCAGGACCACUUAAAUACCCAGAUGCACUUAGAAAAUGAAAUAGAGAAAAAAGACCCUGAUAUUACUUCUUGUGAAUUUACAGAAAAUACUGUUCAUAAAGCCAUCAAGGAAACUGAUAUUGUUGCAACAGAUUUUAAUAUUAUACAUGAUGAAAGUAUCUGUAGUUUAGACACUUCAGAUAAUCCUUCACAAGUUAAUAAUGAGAAUUUUAAUUCAAAAUCUCAAGAAUUUAAUGGAAGUAUAUUUCAUGAGAUUAAUUCUAAAGAUUCUAAAAAAUCUGAAAACUGUGACUCACCUGCCAAAGCCACUUUUGAGAAAGUUUCGGAAAGUUCUUUUGAUGAAGAAAUAGAAAAUUUAGGAAAUAAAGAUCAAACUAUAGAUGAAAUUGGUGAUUUUGAUGAAUUCCAAUUUGUAAGCAAUAAUGAUAAUACAGAAUAUUAUGUAGAAACCAUUGAAAAUCCGUGGGUUGAUGAACCACAAACAAGUGCUGUUCAAGUUGGUGAAUUCAAAGCCAAUUUUGAUGAAAAUUAUGAAGAAAGUUCCAACAUAGACAAUCAGAUGAUAAAAAAUGAUAGCAUAGAUGAUGAUUUUGGAGAUUUUGACGAUUUCAAAUCAUGUGCUAAACAGUCUAGCCAAGAGGAAAAAGAUAGGAUUAACAAUAUGCUAUCAUCCAUUUAUAAUGAAGAAAUAUCAGAACCAGAGUCAGAGUUUGUGGGAAAACUAGAAUCAGUUCUUAAUGAGACUUGGGGCCAUUUAGUUGAUAUAGAUGCGAGACAGCCUUAUAUGGUAAAUUGGAAUAACUCUGUAGGACAAAAGAGCCUUUUGAAGGCUCUUUGUAUAGACUCAAGAAAUAUACUUUUUGGUCCUAAAUGGAAUUACAGCAUGCCCAAAUAUGCUGUUAACCUAAGUGCUGCUCCUCUUCAGCCACAAAAACCAAUAACAUCACCUGUGCCACAAGCAGACAUUCAGUAUUCUCAAAAAUCUGCAGUUAAGGAGACUGAUACAUGGUCGGAUCCCUUUUCAUCAAAUGGAGAAGAAUUCACAUAUGCUGAGGCCUUACUGUUAGACCUUGAACACUUAAUGGCUACUUUAGAUCAAAUGGCUCACAAACAUUCCACACUCAAAAUUUCAGAAUUGUUGUCACAUGCGUGCAGCAAUGAAAACGAAACCACUACGUCUGAGAGAAGAACUAACGACCUGGAAGUCUUCGAAAAAGUUAUGCCACCAAAAAUAGAUUCCGAAACGCCUCGCUCGAAAACAAUACAUUAUGAUAGCAGCCCACCGGUUAUGUUGACCCAAACUGUUGUGAACAACGAAAAUGUUGAUUCGAUUGCAAGACCCCAGUCACCCAUUACUGAGGGUGUGAAUAAUAUGGAAAAUAACAAUGAUUACUGGGAGUUCCAAGAUUUCAAGAGUACCGCCGAAUCGGUUAAGCCAUCAGCAGAUAAACAUGCUAUGGAACCAGUAACAGAAUUGGAAAAAAAAUCUGAAAAAGAAAAUAGUGUUAUGCCAAGUUGCACGAUCCCCUAUCAGCAAAAUCUUUUACAACCCAUAAAAGUUGAAACUGUUAUGCCGACUUUAAAUUGGCCGGAGCCUGGUGAAGUGAAGGAUUCUUUUGACGACUUUUCGGAUUUUGUAUCAAGUGCUCCCUGGGAAACCGCGGAAAAGAAUGUUAAAGCUGAUUUACAAGAAAGCAAAAUAAACACUACUGAAUUAGACAAAAGUAAUGAUACUACGAAUAACAGAUUCAGUAUCAACGUCGCGGAGAAUAACGAUGACGAAUUUGAAACAUUCCAAUCAGCCCCAAUAGUGCCUCAAUAUAACUCGAAAUCUAGGAAAAAUAGCAAUACCGAAAUAACAUAUCAACCAUCGACAAGCAAAACCACAGAUUUCGACACGUCAUUUUCGGAUUUUAGUAAAUAUAAUAGAGGUGAAAUAACACCAGCAAAUAGUACUAUUUUUAAGAAUAACUUAUCGAACGCGCCCAAUAUUCAUGUCGCUAACGUAUCCAGCGUAACGGACGGCUUCGUUACUAAUUCGCCGAUCCAUUCGAUGGAGAUGCCUAGUAUAUUGCAACCGCUACCAGCAAGUUCUAGUGGCGUAUCAAGAGUUCAAAACAACUCUGGCCAAAUUUUACAACCGUUGUCUCUAGAAAGUUAUUCACAGAUCAACUGGCCGAAUCCAGGAAUCGAUUUACAAGAUCUAUCUCGAUUCAACCCCGUCGAAACACUUCCAUCCUUGAAGAGCGAGCCAAGUGCUUACAGUCAGAACAAAGUCAGUUCACCUGCCCAUACUGAGAGUACUUCUACUCGUAACGAAAUUCAAGAUGACGAUAUUUGGGGAGAUUUUGUGUCAAGUAAACCUAAGCAACAAAUCCCAGCCACAAAGAAACCGCCAACGUUCGGGGACGAAGACGAAUGGACUGAAUUCGUAUCUAGUCCAAAUGUGAAACCACAAAACGGUUUGAACACAAUUAGUCUAAACGUACACACUAAUUUGAGCAUGCAAAAGUCGACCAACUUAAAUAAAUUAAAUAAGAAAAACAAUCAAAUAUCCCUAGACAUUCCGACUUUAAACUAUAUUACACCAAAAACAAAUCGAAAGACAUAUAACGACAAGCAUUUCCAAAAUUUA